AUGCACUCUCAACGCAAGAAGCACGUGGCCCUGAGGUACUUUUUCAUCCGGGAGCUAGUACUGCGGGGACAAAUCACUCUUCACCACCGGCCCAGCGAGCACCAGUUGGCUGAUAUCGCGACCAAGUACCUCCCAAAGCACCGAUUCGCCUCCAUCAUUCCGCAGAUCAAGGACUUCUCGUGUUGAUCGAAGAUGAAGUUUCCUUCCAUACCCGCCAUACCAGAAGAAAUUUAUUUUCGAUACGAUGCCAACGGAGGGGUCGAGGUAGACAACGAUAUGGUGAUGCCGUCGACCAUUGUGAAUUAGUUGCUUGAUCGGG